AUGUCAAGGGGCGGCGCUGUCACCAAGGCGUUGGACCAGAAGGUCUAUAAUCUAAUAUUCAAGCUUCUUGAUGACCAGAGUGCAGAGAAUAAGAAGAACAGCGCUGGCGAUGAGUCUAAAUGGUUUCUUGAUAUCGCUUUGGCCAGAGACCUUAGAACCAACGAUGUUCUUACGUACUUGGUGAAACAAGACUUGCUGUUGCAAAGAAUGAAAAGGUCUAUCCUUGAGGAGUCUAUUGACGUUAUCUUGAAAGAGCUCAGGAAGGAUGAAGAAGUGGAGCUUGCUGAGGCGAUCAGACUUAGAGAUGAGUAUGAGUUGCAAAAUGCUGCUCAGGUGGAUAGUGACUUCGACACUGACCCUAAUAACCUCAUGACGGUGAAAGAUACCAAUGAGCUCAAUAAGUCGGUUAUUUCGUUGUGGAAUAAGGAAACAGAAAAGACGGAAAGCGAUGCUGAGGAGAAGAAGAAUAAGAAGAGAAGCCGAGACUCGGCGAAACCAGCUCCUAAACAAAAGAAGUCUAAGAUUGACUCCACUCCUCCUACAACAACCCUUCUGUCGCUUGGUGGCCUUUCUGCCGUUACUACGCAGUUGAUGGAGCUUGUUGGUCUACCCAUCUUGCAUCCAGAGAUCUACCAAUCUACUGGUGUGGACCAUCCAAGAGGUAUCCUUCUUUACGGUCCUCCAGGUUGUGGUAAGACAACUAUUGCUAAUGCGUUGGCUGGUGAGUUGAAGGUUCCAUUCAUUAAUUUCUCUGCCCCAUCUGUUGUGUCAGGUAUGUCAGGAGAGUCUGAGAAGAAGCUUCGAGAGAUCUUCGAGGAUGCUCGUGCGGUUGCACCAUGUUUGAUCUUUAUUGAUGAAAUCGAUGCAAUUACCCCAAAGAGAGAUGGUGGAGCACAAAGAGAAAUGGAGCGUCGUAUUGUCGCUCAGCUUCUUACCUUGAUGGACGAACUCACACUAGAAAAUACAGACGGCAAGCCUGUUAUUGUCAUGGGAGCAACAAAUAGACCAGACUCCCUUGAUCUGGCUUUACGUAGAGCUGGUCGUUUUGAUAGAGAGAUUUGUCUUAAUGUCCCCGAUGAGGAACAGAGAUGUGCUAUUCUCAAGACAAUGACAUCUAAACUCAAGCUUGACGAUUCACACUUUAACUUCAGGGAGUUAGCUAAGCUUACACCGGGUUUUGUUGGUGCCGACUUGAAGAGUUUGGUCACUGCAGCAGGUGUGGCUGCCAUUAAGCGAAUCUUCGAAAGCUUAAGUGAGAUCGACGACGAACUGACAACAAAGAACGAUGCUGUUGACAUGGAUGUUGAUAGCAAUAAUGUUAACAAACUGGCUUUGGUUCCAAGCACUCUUGCCAAUAUGAAUUUUGAUAAAAAAUCGGAGGACCAACAGCUUAGCACGAUCCAGAAAUUCUUGAUGAAGCAUCCUAAUCCUCUUUCUGAAGAGCAAUUGGCACCGCUCAGCAUAUCCUUUUCUGACUUCAAGGAGGCCUUGCCUAAGAUUCAACCUACAGCUAAGCGUGAAGGUUUCGCUACCAUUCCUGAUGUUACUUGGAAGAAUGUCGGUGCCCUCAACAAUAUCCGUAUGGAGCUUCAUAUGUGCAUUGUGCAACCAAUUAAGAAGCCUGAGCUAUACCAAAAAGUUGGUAUCAGUGCACCAGCCGGUGUUUUAAUGUGGGGUCCACCAGGUUGUGGUAAGACAUUGUUAGCCAAGGCAGUUGCCAACGAAUCAAGAGCUAACUUCAUCUCCGUUAAGGGUCCAGAGUUGCUCAAUAAGUACGUCGGCGAGUCAGAACGUGCGGUGAGACAAGUUUUUCAAAGAGCCCGUGCUUCUGUUCCUUGCAUUAUCUUCUUCGACGAGCUUGAUGCUCUUGUGCCUAGAAGAAACUCUACAUUGUCUGAAUCGAGUGCUAGAGUCGUCAACACUCUUUUAACCGAACUUGAUGGUCUUAACGAUAGAAAAGGAAUUUUCGUUGUUGGAGCCACCAACAGACCAGAUAUGAUUGAUCCUGCCAUGUUGAGACCAGGCCGUCUCGAUAAGACGCUUUACAUUGAGUUGCCAACGGCUGAAGAGCGCCUUGAUAUUCUUAAAACGCUUGUUUCUGCCAACACUACGCCUUUGGGCUCUGACAUUGAUUUGGAAGCAAUUGCAAACGAUACGAGAUGUCGUAACUUCUCUGGUGCUGAUCUUUCCCUGUUGGUAAGAGAAGCUGGUGUGUUUGCACUUAAGAAGAAGUUCUUCCAUGGACAAAAAAUCCAAGAAUUGGACGAAUCUGGAUACUACGAGGGAGGUGAAAGUGAUGACAAUAUCGUUGUCACCAAAAGUGACUUCGAUGGUGCUCUUCUGAGCAUCAAGCCCAGUGUCACAGACAAAGACCGUGCCAGGUACGAUAGAUUGAGUCUGCGUAUGGGCUGGGGCGUCAUCCAAGAAGAAGAAAAGAAAGAAGAGGGUGAAGAGAAAAAUUAG